GGGGCGGGGCCGGCGCGGCGGCAGGAAGGGGGUUCGCGGCGACUGUGCGCGGCAGACCUCGGUGUUGCUGCCGCCGCCAGCAGCAUUGAGGCAGCUCGGCCGGGAGUCGGCAGCGCGGCUUUCUCCCGUUCUGAAGGAUGACUGAUGCUGGUUUCUGCAAUGCCAAUUGGAGUCACCAGCACUGUGGAUUGAUAAGUAACGUGCAGAUUUAACCGCGGUCUGGGGAGAAAGUGUCAGGACUGCUACUUUUCAGCUCCUUAAGUGGACAGAAGUGCAGUCUCAUCCAUCUGCAAGGGAAGAUUCUUCAACAGAUUUUUACAGCUAAUAAUAAAGACAACACAGCAUCAUCCACCUCCCUGAUUUACAGUGCAUCACUUUCCAAGACAGAUGGUCUGUCAGAAGCUGGAGGAUGCCCACAGAGCACAUAAUAAUGGAGUAGUGAAUUGAUACUGCUGCUGCUGCUGCUGCCUAAUUGUCAGGAUCACAGCUGACACAACUGCACUGUCCUUCUUCUGCCCCCUUAAUCGAGCCAGGAACAGCAGGGUGGACAUGGCUGGCCUCGUUAACAAUCUGCUAAUACUGUUUCUUGUUUUUCAAAACAUCUGUCUGGGUUUCAGAAGCUCACUUUCCGUCUUCAAGAGGUAUAAAGAUACCACCAGAUCUCUUUCCAGUGAAUGCUUUGGAAGCGACCACCCGGUGAUUUCACUUGGUCUGUCAGAUUUUGCAUUGGAUAUUCGCAUGCCUGGGGUGACACCUAAGCAGUCUGAUACCUACCUCUGCAUGUCAGUACCCCUGCCAGUGGAUGAUGAAGCCUAUGUAGUUGACUUUAAGCCUCAUGCCAGCAUGGACACUGUCCAUCACAUGUUACUUUUUGGAUGUAAUGAACCCUCUUCUACUGAAAAUUACUGGGACUGUGAUGAAGGAACAUGCAAAGACAAAUCUAACAUUUUGUAUGCCUGGGCAAGAAAUGCUCCACCCACCAGGCUACCCAAAGGUGUUGGAUUCAGAGUUGGAGGAGAAACAGGUGGCAGAUUUUUUGUGCUCCAGGUGCACUAUGGGGAUAUUAGUGCAUUUAGAGAUAAACACAAGGACUGUUCUGGUGUAACUUUACAUCUGACACAUCAAAAGCAGCCUUUGAUUGCUGGAAUGUAUCUUAUGAUGUCUGUGAACACUGUAAUACCCCCAGGCGAGAAAGUGGUUGAUGCUGAUAUUGCCUGCCAUUACAAAAGGUUUCCAAUGCACCUUUUUGCCUACAGAGUUCAUACACACAGACUAGGUAAAGUAGUGAGUGGAUACAGAGUGAGAAAUGGUCAAUGGACAUUGAUUGGUAGACAGAGUCCGCAACUACCACAGGCAUUCUAUCCAGUAGAACAUCCUGUAGAUAUUAGCUAUGAUGAUAUCCUAGCAGCUAGAUGUGUGUUCAGUGGUGAAGGCAGAACUGCAGAGACACAUAUAGGGGGAACAGCCAGUGAUGAAAUGUGUAAUUUUUACAUUAUGUACUAUAUGGAAGCCAAGCAUGCUGUCUCAUAUAUGACGUGCACACAGAAUGCAAACCCUGACAUGUUCAGAAAUAUACCACCAGAAGCGAAUAUUCCUGUUCCAGUCAAGUCUGAUAUGCUAAAGAUGACGCAUGGACAUCAUGAAGAAACCAAGGAUUCUGAUAAAACUUCUUUGCUGCAGCAGGCCAAAAAAGAAGAGGAGGAGAUUUUGGAUCAGAAAAGGCCUACAAUUUCUUGCAGGAUAGAUAUUGAAAGGAAGAGGAAAGGAGAAUCAGCAUGCAGACAGAUCUUGGAUUUUUCAGGUGAUAUCUAUUCACUCCUUUCCAAGCUGCUAGGAGAAAGGGAAGAUGUUGUGCAUGUGCAUAAGCAUAACCCUACAGAAAAGGCAGAAUCAGAUCUUGUAGCUGAGAUUGCUAAUGUAGUCCAAAAGAAGGAUCUUGCCAGAGAGAUCACAAAUCAUGCUGAGAGGGACAAUACUAUUCUUGUCAGAGACAGAAUUCACAAAUUUCACAGACUAGAGUCUACCUUGAGGCCACCAGAGAGCAGACAUUUCUCUUUACAGCAGCCUAAACGCGGUGAGGGAAGCUGGGAAAAAGAACAUACAGGAGAUUUCCACAUAGAAGAGGCUGUGGAGUGGCCUGGGUUAGACCUCAAACUAGGUCAAGUUUCUGGGUUGGCUCUGGACCCUGAAAAUAACCUAGUUAUCUUCCACAGAGGUGAUCAUGUUUGGGAUGAAAAUUCUUUUGACAGCAAAUUUGUUUAUCAGCAAAGAGGACUUGGACCAAUUGAACAGAAUACAGUUCUUGUCCUAAAUCCAAGUAAUGCAAAACUGCUUCAUUCCAUGGGCAAAAGUCUAUUUUAUUUACCACAUGGUUUGAGUAUAGAUAAAAAUGGUAACUACUGGGCCACUGAUGUAGCUCUCCAUCAGGUUUUCAAACUGGGAGCAGAUGACAAAGAACCUUUACUGAUCUUAGGAGUGGCUUUGCAACCGGGCAGUGACAGAAGUCAUUUCUGUCAACCAACAGAUGUGGCUGUGGAUCCAGUCACUGGCAACAUUUAUGUCUCUGAUGGCUACUGUAACAGUCGAAUCAUUCAGUUCUCUCCAAAUGGAUUGUAUGUGAUGCAGUGGGGAGAAGGCACAGAGACUUCUUUAGGCACAGCUAGACCUGGACAGUUUCAUAUCCCUCACAGCUUAGCCCUGAUCCCCGACUUCGGUCAACUAUGUGUUGCAGACAGGGAGAAUGGUCGAAUUCAGUGCUUCAGGUUGGAGACUGGGGAGUUCACAAGAGAGAUCAAGCACAAAUCAUUUGGAAGAGAGUUGUUUGCAGUUUCAUAUGUUCCAGGUGGUCUCCUCUUUGCGGUUAAUGGAAAACCUUAUCCUGGAGAGGCAGAACUGGUGCAAGGAUUUGUGAUGAACUUCUCUACUGCAGAAAUAAUUGAUACUUUCAUUCCGCUUAGAAAGAGCUUUGAGAUGCCACAUGAUGUUGUUGCUUCGGAAGAUAAAACAGUAUUUGUUGGAGAUGUUCAUGCCAGAGCAGUGUGGAAGUUUGCAUCCACAGAAAAAAUGGAACAUCGGUCAGUUAAAAAGGCUGGUAUUGAGGUACAAGAAAUAAAAGAAUCAGAAACAAUUGUACAAGCCAGAUUGAAAAACAACCCAGAAUCAACAGAUCCUCUAAAGAAGCAGGAAACACAACAUUUGGUUGGACAGACCAGCACUGGAGUUUCCUUUGUUCUUAUUACAACUCUUCUAAUUAUCCCUGUUGUUGUCCUGCUGGCAAUUUUAGCAUUUAUUCGGUGGAGGAAGACAACUGUCUAUGGAGCUGAUGGGGAACACAAACUUGAUUCAAGUUCAGGCAGAAUUUUAGGCAGACUUAGAGGGAAAGGCAGUGGUGGCCUUAACCUUGGGAACUUCUUUGCAAGUCGCAAAGGCUACAGCCGAAAAGGGUUUGACCGACUGAGCACUGAAGGAAGCGAUCAAGAAAAAGAUGAAGAUGAUGGCACAGAUUCAGAGGAAGAGUGUUCAGGACCUCCACCCCUACCAGCACCUUCAUCACCCUGAGACCAGCCUUUGAGUUCUCCAUUAUACAGUUCAACCCAGAAUGUCAGAUUCCUUUUCCCUUAAGCACGUUUAAGAUUUUGCGUAUUUAAUUGUGAACUGUACUAGUCUGUGUGGGGCUGUACACUGGUUCCUUUAAUUUUUGUUUGGUUUUAGUUCUGUUUAAGUGGAGUGUAUGGAAGUUCCAUAUCAGUGCCGUUGUUUUUUAUGUAAACAUCUUAAUAAAGCAAAUAGUCUUCUAAUUGCAGAACUGAUUUAAAGCAGUAGUAUUUUCUCAUGUCAAUUUGGGGAUCUUGUAAAUAAGUCUUACUAUCUGCUUCAUCAAAAUAUUUUUCUCAUAACUAUUCAGUUGCCAGUUUCUGUUUUGUGCCUUUCCUCUUCAAUGUCUUUAACCUGUUGCAGUACAGAGAAAAUACAGUGCCAGAAGAAAAUGAAGCUGCUAAAUCUUCUUCUAUUUUUUUAAAAUCACUAACAUUAUAUUGCAUUGAAGGAAAGAAAAAAGUCUAUUUAAUUUUUUUUUUCUUCUUCCUAACUCAAUGUGUUUCUGGGAUGUCUUAUUUUUAGAUGGUAUCACUGUUAGAACACUAUUUUCAGAAGCUGAAUGUAAUUUGUGUAAUAAAGUAUUCGCAGAGCA